AUGCCUCAAAACCUGUCCUGGAGAAACAAAUUGAGCAGUAGUAGCAACCUCCUCACACAUUGGGCUGUUUGCUUGGAGGUUGGAAUACCAUCCGAAUUGGGUGCAAAACGGAAAAUAAAAGGAAUAGCAGCGGUUUGUAAAGUCAAUGGAUACGUACAAAGACGAGCACUAGAGACCAUUGUUCAUGAUAUUGAAACUUUUGCUUCCGUUGUUGUUCGUUCUUGUGUGCUAAUUGUUUGUGAAGCAAAUCAUCAUAGAUACCUAAACAAGUUUCUCUCUUGUAUCGACAAGGAAUUCAGCAUGUAUGACCUGAUUAGUUUUGAUUUGAUCGAAAGAAGAAGAGAUAUAGGAUUUAAAAUCAUUACUAGUGUGGAUUAUAACCCCGCUACUGGCAGCAGUGAUGACACUACAAGCGUUCCUUCUUUUCAACUACCUCACCAAGAUCAAAUUUCAUGGGAUAUUGUUAAAGCUGUUCUUGACAUCUCAGAGUUAAUGGAGCAAGUAUCUGACUAUAAAAGUGUCGACUCUCAGAAAGAAGAAAAAGAAAUCCAAAUAUCCAAGAGGACUAGGAAGCACGAACAUGUCCCGACUGCAUCGACCUCAAAGUUGCAAAGACAAAGCGGAACCAUGAAAAUUGAUUCAUUUGUCCUAGAUAAAUCGGAUUGUAGCGAAUGGCCAGAAAAAGCAAUUUCGAUACUUUUGACCACCACCAAGAAAAAUGGGGGAAUGGGAUUACCAAAUAACGUCAUUACUGGAGUUGAACUUAGCGUAGUGGAUUUGGAGAAUGUUGCCGAUGCUUUGAUUAAUUCGAAAGGUGACCAUGAAGCAAAAAUUUUAUCUGGUUGCAAACUAUUACAUACCGUCGAAUUAUUUAAAGUUCAGCAAGCGAUUGUAAGAUGGGUCUUUACUAAUUUACUUGAAUACAGGUAA